CUUUUCAUUAUCGAUGGACUUUAUUGCGACGUUAUAAUUCCCCGAACAGGGCUACAAUUAUGCGAAACAAAAGAUAUCAAAUAACGCGAAGGACGGGAUAUGACUUUACGGCGGGGCUCGAGUUCUCAAGCCCUUGUCACGAAAAGUCUUGGGACGAGGAGAUCGAAAGCGCGGCGUCAUGACGUGCUGCAGCAGCCCACAGUGGACAGGCUACAUGACAGACAGGUCAUACGGUUAGUCGACUGGGAAAAUCUACCCCCCUGGAAGCAACGUGGGAGCGAGCAUUUACGGACUGGCUAUCGACCUGAAUGUGCUUCGCUAUGGUCAUGCCUUCACAGCUGGUCAUACAUCCAUAAUGAGACAGUCAACAUCUUCUCGCAUAUUAUCGGAGCGCUUCUCUUCCUAGCUUUACCGUUAUAUGUUUUUAGAACCGAGGUACCGCCGCGAUAUAAACUUGCAACUACAGCCGAUAUCGUGGUCUGUAGCGUAUACUUCUUAGGCGUCGGCAUCUGUUUCACCUUUUCGACCCUCUUCCAUACCUUCAUGUGCCAUAGUGAAGCUGUGUACGAGUUCGGCGUUAAGCUCGACUAUCAGGGUAUCCUAUUACUGAUGUGGGGAGCCAACGUACCUCUCAUUUACUAUAGCUUACCCUGUGAUUCGAGUGGCCAGGUGGCUUACUGGACUCUGAACACCGUCCUUGCUGGGGCGUGUUCGCUUGCCACAUUCCAUCCUUCGAUCGGCGGGCCUCAUCUCGGACAUGUACGAGCUGUUCUCUUCGCUGCAUUUGGGUUCUGCUCAGUCAUCGCUCCUAACUUGAUAGGAAUCCUGAAGUACGGGUUCGAGGAGCAGAGCCACCGGGUUGGAUUGGCUUGGAUAGGAGUUACUGCUUUGUGUAAUGGUACGGGUGUGGUAGCAUACGCUAUGAAGUUCCCGGAAAGAUGGUAUCCUCGGGUGUUUGAUUUAUUUGGCGCUAGCCAUCAAGUGAUGCAUAUCAUGGUGGUCUUUGCCGCCCUUGCUUAUACGAAGGCCAUGUUACAAGCCUUCGACUUUCACCACCAAUAUGCCAUAGCGUGUACGGAGCGCAUAUAUCCUUGAAUACUCAUGAACUUGAAGCCCUGUUGAUCAC